AUGAGUGCUCCAACGAGUCCAUACAUGAGUCCUGUGCCUAGUCCACAAAGGAAGAGCACUGGCCAAGAUUUACCUUUUUUCUAUUUGCCUCCAAAAAGCAAUCAAGCAUGGUCAGCACCAGAUAUGCCACUUGAUACCUCAUUACUUCCUCCUCCUGCUUAUUACGACAUCACUGCGUUUAGUACGGAUAACUCUCCUAUCCAUAGCCCGCAACCUCGAAGUCCACGCAACAGACCGGUCAAAAGCCCACAACCGACCAGACCGUCUUCACCGUUGCAUUCGAUACUAUCGCCUGAUCAGUCGGCUGCACCACGGGAUAGUGUUUCCUCACCUUUGCAUCCGAGGCCAGACUGUCCGAGGCUGUCCACUGAUGUUACGAAUGGACGCCGUGAUAACUCUAAUGUUCAUCCUUUGCCUCUCCCUCCUGGAGCUGCUUGUCCUUCUUCAGCAGCUGCUGCUUCUGUUCCUUGUCCGCAGGCUCCUCUUAAAGUGGAUUCGUUCCCGAUGAAUUCUCAGUGGAAGAAAGGGAAGCUAAUAGGUCGUGGUACAUUUGGAAGCGUUUAUGUCGCCAGUAACAGCGAAACUGGAGCGUUAUGUGCGAUGAAGGAAGUUGAGUUAUAUCCUGAUGACCCGAAAUCUGCAGAGUCCAUAAAACAAUUAGAGCAGGCUGCAGCUAUGUUCAAGGUCAUGAGAGAUAGCCCGCCGGUACCUGAAUCAAUGUCACCUGAGGGUAAAGACUUUCUAAGAUUAUGCUUCCAGAGAAACCCAGCUGAGCGACCAACCGCAUCUAUGUUGCUAGAACACCGGUUCCUUAAAAACUCUCUGCAAUCAACCUCACCUCGCAACAGCGAUGUCUCGAAUUGCGCCCAGUUACUCAAUGGGAUGAACAUAACGGAGCCAAACAGUAGAAGGGAGAAACCAAAUUUCAAACUAGAUCAGGUUCCGCGUGCUAGAAACAUGACAUCUUCAGAGAGGUCUCCCGAUCUAACAACGGGAACCGCGACCCGUCUCUCCCCUCGUUCCACUCUCGAGGCUAUUCCAAGCCCGUCUCCUUCCCAACGACCUAAGCUCAGCUCUGACCGGAGAAGGACCUGCAUCGCUCAAGAUCACAGUUGA